GCAGACAAGGACCCUCUGGCUCACAAAAAGGUCUCGAGUUUGACCAUAAACUUUGGGCCCCAGCACCCGGCAGCCCAUGGGGUCCUGCGGCUGGUGAUGGAGCUGAGCGGGGAGACGGUGAAGAAGUGCGACCCCCACGUUGGCCUCCUGCACCGAGGCACCGAGAAGCUCAUCGAGUACAAGACGUACCUCCAGGCGCUGCCCUAUUUUGACCGUCUGGACUAUGUCUCAAUGAUGUGCAACGAGCAGGCCUAUUCCCUGGCGGUGGAGAAGCUGCUCAACAUCCGCCCACCCCUGAGGGCUCAGUGGAUCCGAGUCCUCUUUGCGGAGAUAACCCGGCUGCUCAACCACAUCAUGGCCGUGACCACGCAUGCGCUGGACAUUGGGGCCAUGACCCCCUUCUUCUGGAUGUUUGAGGAGAGGGAGAAGAUGUUUGAGUUCUACGAGCGGGUCUCGGGAGCACGGGUGCACGCUGCCUUCUGACCUCCCUCUCCUCCUGCGCAGGACCUGCCCCUGGGGCUGAUGGACGACAUCUAUGAGUUUGUGAAGAAUUUCUCCAUGCGGAUAGACGAGGUGGAGGAGAUGCUCACAAACAACCGCAUCUGGAAGAACCGCACGGUCGACAUCGGGGUGAUAACAGCGGAGGAGGCUCUCAACUACGGGUUCAGGUGGGUCUGGUGGCUCCCCGGGACACUUACGGGGGGGCCCUCAGCCUCCUGCCGCCACCCAGGAUCAGGGUUGGGUCCAGAGAGCUCAGCCCUGACCCCAGGAGUCCCCAGCGCUGGUUGGAGCUCUCCUGGGGACUCCCUGCGGCUGCCCACCACGCGGGGCGCGGGUCCUGAACGGCGUGGGGGGUCCCACAGGUACCUGUGCCGCGUGGAGGAGAUGCGGCAGUCCCUCCGGAUCAUCCUCCAGUGCCUCAACAAGAUGCCUGAGGGGGAGAUCAAAGUAGACGAUGCCAAAAUCUCCCCUCCGAAGCGAGCAGAGAUGAAGACCUCCAUGGAGUCCCUGAUCCAUCACUUCAAGCUCUACACAGAGGGCUACCAGGUGCCCCCCGGAGCCACCUACACAGCCAUCGAGGCCCCCAAGGGCGAGUUUGGCGUCUACCUUGUCUCGGACGGCAGCAGCCGCCCCUACCGCUGCAAAAUCAAGGCACCGGGAUUCGCUCACCUGGUAGGAGAGGCUGAGGUGGCCGGCGGCAUCGCUGUGCUGGGGCCCGUGGCCCCGGGGGGUUUGGGCUGGAGGGGACAAGCGCAGCUCGGGACAAGUGUCCCUUCUCUCUCCUCCUGCUGGGCUGGCUCCAACGCGGCCCCAGCAGCGUGGGCUGGGGCAGGGGUCUGUGGGACACCGCCUGCCUGUCCCCGGGGGGCACUCUGGGCUCACCUCGUGCCUCUGACGCCAGACCCGGUUUCCUUUCUGUGGUGGUAAC